AUGGCUGCACCACCGCCUUACGACGCCGCUGUUGCUGCCAAGGGCACUGUGCCCAUGACCUCGCCUGUGGCCUACACGCCAGGGAGCUUCAAUGCCGGCGCGGGCAGCCAGGGCGUUGGCCACGGAAAAGGCUCUGGCCGGGCACCUCCGCCAUCGUUUACGCCUUACGGCUCAUCGCCUUACUCAAAUGUGCCAUCUGCGCCACCGGCACCGAUUCCUGAGCCGCCAGCUGGCAACCAUAGUGGUCCGGCCGUGGCCACGUACUCGGGCGGGCAGUACUCGCACGCGUACGGCGCGUCCAACACGACGACGACCAACGAACGGAUGCGGCGGCGCGAGGGCGGCUUUGAGAUCUGUCCGCUCACUCUCUCGAUGGACUUUCUUUCGGAACAGAUCCGUCCCUACGAUCCGCCACGCUCUGGCUGGGAGAACGGCACCUUCCACACGCCCGCCCGCAUCUGCGGAUGGCCCAUCUGUGGCUGUGGCAGCGCCCCACGGGCGUGCAUCGCCAUCGGCGCCUUUCCCGUUGGCGUUCUCUUUGCCCUCGGCUGGGUCACCUUUUCCUACGGCGCCGGCAUUGGCCAGGCUUGCUUUGGUCUGCUCAUGGCCGUCGGCCAGGUCGCCGUUGCUCCGCUCGGUUGGGCCAUCGGCCAGUUGGCCCUUGGCGUCAUCGCCGGUCUCGGCCAGCUUGCCACAGGCGUCUUUGUCGGCGGCAUGGUCCGGCUCGGCAGAUACGAUCUGCUCAAACUACUAUCCGAUGGCAAGGUCGAGACCGUCACGAUCGCGUGA